AGUGCUGUUGGCGCCCGAGAAGAGGUCGGUGUGGUUGAACAGGACGAGGAAGGCCACUAAGGACGUGCAGCAACAAAAAGGAGUUUUUCGCAAGCUCGUCGACACUUGUAAAAAAGUGCGACAAUGUCCCUACUGCGAUGCCUAUAAUGGUGCUGUCAAGAAGGGUACUCGCGGGUAUAUGACGCUUGUCCAUGAGCUCCCCAAGGACCAGGCUAAGGUAGAGUAUCAACAGCAGUACUCAGAUGCCGUCAGUAACAACCCCGAAAUCGGCAAUCACCUCAGCAAAGUGGCUUAUGAGGACCUCACUCCCCUCCAUCUGCUCCCGUUGCUGGCCAAGAUGCCUCCUUCCGAUCAAGAAAUGCUAAAGUUACCGCCUCAGCCGGAGCGACUCGUUGUCACGCACGUGCCUGUUUCGCCGGUUUGCAUUCGCCCUAGUGUUCAGAUCGGUGAUGCUGGUACUCAAGAAGACGAUUUGUCGGUGCAGACGAGCGAUAUUGUGGCUACCAACAAUAACAUCAAAGCUACUCUAUCUAGGGGAGGGACGUUGAAGCAAGUGGCCGAGCAGUGGCAGUGGUUAUCAGCCCAAGUGGCGUUGAUGAUGAACUCGGAGGCGACUGGGUUGGCAGCUGCGGCUCCUACGACUAAGCCGAUCAGAAGUAUAUGCUCUCGGUUGAAGGGAAAAGAGGGGCGUUUUCGAGGGAAUCUUUCGGGAAAACGAGUGAAUUUUUCCGGUCGAACUGUGAUUAGUCCGGACCCGAAUCUCGAAGUCACUGAGGUUAUCAUCCCACAGUACUCGGCGAUGAAGUUGACGUUUCCCGAGGUUGUAUGUCGCACCAAUAUCGACAUGCUCAGAGAUAGAGUCAUUAGAGGCACGGAGGGCCAUCCAGGAGCACACAUUAUUCGGCUUAAAAGUGGUGGUGUGAAGAACUUGGCCUUCAUCAAGAAGCAAAUCAGAGAGGAGUUGGCGGCGGACCUACAGUAUGGCGAUGUGGUUGAGAGGCACCUCCAAGAUGGGGACGUGGUACUGUUCAAUCGGCAGCCGAGUUUGCAUAAAAUGAGUAUUAUGGCUCACCGAGCUAAGGUGAUGCCGUGGAGGACCUUCCGCUUCAACGAGUGUGUGUGCUCCCCAUAUAAUGCGGAUUUCGAUGGCGAUGAGAUGAACGUGCAUUUGCCGCAAACCCAGGAGGCUCGAGCGGAGGCGUUGGCGUUGAUGGGAGUUCAGAACAACCUGAUUACGUCGAAGAAUGGAGAGCCGAUAGUGGCGGCCACUCAGGACUUCCUCACAUCAGCGUGGUUGUUAACCCAAAGGGACACCUUUCUUACUAAGGAUAAGAUAGCGAACAUUGCUAUGUAUUUUGGGAAGGCAGCGGAAACGCUGGAGUUGCCGCCUCCAACG